UUCGCUCCCUAGCAUUCACAACCUUUUGCCCGCGUCCCAUCUUGUUCAGUAUUUCCGCUUCUGCUUUCUGUUAUCUUCCCGGGAAUGGCCUCUUUGACAGAAGACAGCUUCUUGAUAUCGUCAUCGACGGAUAGCUCAACAGACCUGCUCGACGAAGAUAUGUUCGAGGAAUUCAAUAUCAAACCCAGGAAUCCAUCCAAUAGAGUAAAUAGUAUGUCUAGGAGGAAUUCUACCGUAUCAUUCGACGUCUCAUCUCCUUUUCAAACGCCAGAAGACAAUGGAGAACUCCUAAGAUUUGCUGUGGCCACCGCCUUGGGCAUCGAUGCGAGCUCUCUCCCCACGCCAUUUCGUGAAUCACAGAACGACAAUGAUUCAAGCUCGAUAUAUUCGGAUUCAAGUGACCCUCAAUAUGUCCGCGAUGGGGCAAUGCUCAUACGGAAGAGCUCAGCCAGCUCGACAUCGGUGUACUCGUCACCUACAGAUAUCAACGAGUGGAGAAAAUCAAUGGGCACUUCGAUCGAAGAGCGUAUCACUUCCACGAUGGCUAGCGUUCUUAAUUUAGACACUGAAUCGCUACGUUUCGAUGAGUCGUUUGUUGAUCUCGGAGGCAAUCACCGAAAAGCUAGGGAACUCCGCGCAAAGUGUAUGGACGAAGGCCUUGUUAUAAAAACUAAGGAUAUCAUGAACUGCAAGACUAUUGCAGAGCUAGAGACGUAUGUGGUACCGCUCAACCCGUCUGGAUAUUCGGAGAACAAGGUCUCGACUACAACAGUCAGCCCGCUGAAAUUGGCCUCCUUGGAGAAUCCUAUGAGCAGCACCCAGCAGCGAGCACUACAGUCUGAAGGACCUCCAGCAAUUCCGCCUAAGGCACCGGCUAGAUACACAGCUUCCCAGUCACACCUCAAAAUAAGACCAUCUCGGAGACGUUAUAAUCAGGUGGAGCAGGUUCUAACCUCACAUGGCGACAUCUCAAGGGCAGUUAUGCUCAAACCAAAGGCUGGCCCGUUCGAGGACCAGCUAGUGGCUUUUGUCACUCUAGCAGGUUACCUGGCGGAGGGACCGAAUGAUUGUGAAGUCAAGCUGCAUAAUCCUUGUCGUACAAGCCAGCUACCGUCGAUUCGCAAAGCAGUUGAAUCACGAGUGCCGCCAGGCCUUGCGCCGCGUGUCUGGGUAGUCUUAGAAAAAAUGCCUGUGGAUGAUGCCGGAAAAAAUAAUCGGAGGAAGCUGCAAACAUGGAUUCAAAACGCCAACGACGAGCUAUAUCAUCAAAUUCUUUCUGCCGACUCAAAGACAAAACUGAAAUUGCUCAUUGCAGGAGGCGUCUUACAGAAGCCACCUCUAACUCAACUCGCUGCUCUCGCCACAUCAAACGUCUCGCAAUCUCGGGGUCCCAGCGGGACCGCUAACAUGACCUUCGAUCUGUCGCCAAUGCAGCGUCUAUAUUUCCAUACGCCUAUGGGUAGCGACUAUAGGCAACGGAAAAUCAAGAACGGCAACUAUAGGUUUAACCAAAGCAUGUUAUUUCGAUUGAGACAGAACUUGAUCGUGGACGAUAUCCGAGCCGCAGUUGAGGCCCUCGUCGGUCAUCAUCACAUGCUUAGAUGUCGUUUUCGGCGGAAUGAGAGCUCUUGGUGCCAAUUGGUAGAGUCAGAUAUCUCAUCUUCGUAUCACUUUUCACAUCAUUCAACCAAGACCCAUGCUGAAGUCGAAGAAGUUAUAAGGGCCGCGCAAGGGUUGAUUGAUAUUGAGACUGGUCCAGUGUUCGCUGCUCAUCACUUCCGCACUUCUGAUGGCAGUCAGGUACUUUAUAUGAUCGCACACCAUCUCGUCGUCGACCUCAAGUCUUGGAGGAUCAUCAUAGAUGACUUAGGCGCAUUGCUAACUAGUGGCUGUCUUGUAUCUGGUCGCAAUCUCUCUUUCAAAGAGUGGUCGCUGUAUGAAAGAAGUCGCACCCAAGGGGCGGAGCAUUCGUUCAACAUCCCAGAAGGAAAUUCCCAGUACUGGGGUGUCGAUUCUGCUUCUAAUACCUAUGGAAACAUAGUAGCUUUCAGUUUUACACUCGGUCAGGACGUAACGUCUGUACUUGAAGAAAAUUGUCGCGAGUUAAGGAUGGAUACCGUGGAUAUUUUCAUGGCUGCCCUUGUCCUUUCCUUUGCGCAAACGUUUCGCGAUCGGCUAGUCCCUACCUUAUGGAAUCAGGAGAACGAACGGUCUGUAUCAGACACAGACCGUGACGUGUCGGGGACUGUCGGGUGGUUUACUUCACUUUACCCAUUAGCCAUGGAAGUUUCCUCCGCAGACGAUUUUCUGACCGUCCUCAACCAUGUGAAAGAUUCGCGGCGUGCCAAUUCCCGGAGAGGUCCAUCGCAGUUUGCUAGGAAUCUAAUUGAUUCCAGCUCCGCGCUCUCCUUUGUUUCUUCCCAUUGUCCUCUUGAGCUUGUCUUCACCCAUCCUAGCACCAUGCAAAACGUACAGAGUCAAGAUUCACUUCUCGAACAGAUACCCGUGCCGGGUAAAAUGCUAGCUUCUGAGACAUCGGAUAUUGGGCGUAAUGUUGGACGUAUUGCUAUAUUCGAAACAUCGAUAUCGGUCGACCAAGGGGAAACCAAAUUCAAGCUCCUUUGCCAUAGAGAUGUCGCACAUCAGGAGCGGGUACGCAAUUGGUUUCGUGGAUACGAAACGAUUGUGCGCAAGACUAUCAAUGAAUUGCAAGUCGAGUCGCUUGCGCUACCGUCAUCGAACAUUCCUCGCAUGGAAAUUACCGAUGAAGGAUUCGGUCGAUUAAACACGGCAAUUCUACCUCGUCUUGGCCUUAACCUUUCCGACAUAGAAGCCAUUUAUCCUGUAACGAUCAUCCAGCAGAAUAUUCUUACCAACCAGUCUUUAGUGUCAGGGAGCUCCAACGCACAGAUGAUCCACGAUUUCGACACAUCUGAUGGGCCUGUUGACAUUUCCCGAAUCUGCGCUGCCUGGCACAAAGUAACGGAAAAACACUCGGCCUUGAGAACCGUCUUUUCCCAGGCCGCUUCGAAAAAUGGACUGUACGACCAGUUAAUUUUACGGUCUCACUCACCCAGCAUGCUCUUCCUCGAAAGUGAUAGCGUCGAUGAUGCAAUGAUGUCCCUGAAGAACCUCCCGCUACUGUCAUUAAACGAAGGCAUCCCGUGGCACAGGCUUGUCGUUUGUAAAGUGGCCGGGAAGACCCUAUUAAAAUUGGAAACCAGUCAAGCAUUAUGUGAUGUUGCCAGCAUGGCGAUUCUUUUUAGGGAACUUGAACAAGCUUAUUCCGAUGAUCAAAGCUCCCGAGGGUCCGAAGUAUCCCGUUUCGAAUAUAUGAAAUGUCUCAAGGUGACUGCUUGCAGUAUCGAAUUUUGGCGGGAGCACUUACGUGGCGCUCGACCAUGCCAGUUUCCCAAGCUCAUCUCACAGCAACCGGUUCCUAGCAAGUGGGAGACCACAUCUAUCAACCUCAAUGUCUCAUCCGAGCGCCUCAAAACUUUCGCCAAGGAUUACAAGAUUAACGUUUCAACUAUACUUCAGAUUGCUUGGGGUUUGCUAUUACGAACUUAUACCGGGACGAACAACGUUUGCUUUGGCUUUCGCGUUUCUGGUAGGGAUCUUCCCGUCGAGGGUUUAGAUCACGCCGUUGGCUCAUUUUCGAUGGUCUUGCCAUCCAGGCUUGCCAUUCCUCCUGGGGAAUCUAUCGCACGAUUACUAUUAGAUACGGAAGAUCAACGCCGGCGAAUGCUCGACCAUCAGCACGUACCACUGACAAGAAUCGAGCACGAGCUUAAGAUCAAGGGAGGGCGCCUGUUCAAUACUUGUCUCUCAUUCGGAUACGAAUACUUUUCGGACGAUGUUUCCACAAAUACUAACUGCCAUCAUGUCAGGACUGAGCAGGCGUCGGAGUCUGACCUUAAUAUCGACGUAUAUUUUCAUGACGGGAAUGUCACGCUCGAUAUCGGAUAUCGAAUUCUCACUUCAGAGCAGGCCAAUACUGUCGCCUGCGCUUUUGGGGGCGCCAUAGAAGCCAUUAUAGAUGUGCCGGCAAGCACAGUUAGGGAAAUAGACCUCUUCAGUAUGCGUGACCACAAACAGAUUUUGGCGUGGAACAGCAUGCCUCGAGUCGAUGUUUCCAAGGAAAACGUUCACCAAUUAAUCGCAAAGCAAGCAUUGUUAAACCCCGACAUAGAAGCUGUCUGCUCCUGGGAUGGGAGCCUGUCAUAUUACGAUCUGCACCGAUUAUCCCGCGUACUCGCUAGGCAUCUCUUUGCUUCUGGCUUGAAGCCCCAAACUCCCGUACCAGUAAUCGUCGACAAAAGUCGAUGGGCGGUGGUGGCUAUGCUGGCCGUACUCUAUACCGGCGCAAUCUUGGUUCCCGUCGAUGCUGAGAUGGUCUCAUCUUUUGCUUGGGUCAUCAAGACCGUCAUUCCCAGUUUCAUGCUAGUUUCGGAUCACGUCCAAAGGCACAUAGAUGGCCUCAGUACAAAGGUUAUCGUCGUGAACGAAAGGACUAUUUCAGCUAUGUCAGCACAAAUGGUUGAUAUGAUACUUCCGCAACCCUCACUUCACGAUAUAGCUUGCAUUCUCUUCAGUUCAGGAUCUUCUGGAAAUGCUAAAGGAAUCUCGUACAGCCAUGCUGCUCUAGCCACCGCGUGUGCUGGUCAGGGCUCGACGUUAUUGAUUAACCCAUCUAGUAGGGUUAUGCAAAUUUCUUCGUAUAGUGUCGAUAUUGCGCUCUCGGAAGUAUUUACUACCCUAGUAAAUGGAGGAUGCGUCUGCAUACCAUCUUCGGCGGAAAGAAUUGUGGACUUUUCCGGAGCGGCUAAGCGCAUGCGUGUCAACUGGACGUAUUUAACACCGACGUUAUCUAGGAAAGUCGACACAGAGAAUCUGCCGGAUAUCUCCGUGGUCUGCUUCCGCACACGAAACCUAGAUAGCGACGUCUAUAUUACAUGGAUCAACAAGACAGCAAAGGUAUUGCUGGUCUACGGCUGCCCCGAAGCCUGUCCCCUGGGACUCUCCACGACUGAGUUGACCCUCUCAAAGACUUCACAGUGUUUUGGCAGUCCUUUCUGUGGCAACUUUUGGAUUGUUUCUCCUGAGGACAAUAAUCGACUUAUGCCAGUCGGGGCUCUUGGUGAAUUGGUGAUAGGGGGACCAACACUUGCUAGCUGGUUCAACGUCAGCGAUACUAAUAUCAAGGCCUGGAUUAGCAAGAGUAAAUCACGGGCAAGAUCGCUUUUGGAAAAGUCAGGGAGUCAUCUAUUCAAGACAAGGCACUACGUUCGUUACCUCGAAGACGGCGAGAUUGAAUUUAUCUCAGAUGGUAGUGAAGAGACGACGAUCGACGGCAGGAAAUUUCGUCAUUCGGAGGUCGAGCCUAAACUGCGACAGUGUCUUGGUAGUGGUGUCGACGUGGUUGUCGAAACCAUCGCUUUUAAUGAUCCAAACUCGGCUCCGAUCCUCGCUGCGUUCGUAGAGCUUGGGGAUAAUAUAUUACAAGGCAGCGAAGAUUUGUUAAGCCUCACCCGUACCACUAGAGAAAGACUGUACCUAUCGAAAAAGAUGGCCGAUAUGGUCCUUCGGGAGACCUUGCCUAGUUACAUGAUUCCUUCGGCAUACAUACCGGUCAAGCGGAUGCCGCUAACAGCGACUUUGGAUAUCGACAGGUUGGAACUUCAGCGUAUGAUCGCGGGAUAUUCCAGAAAGCAACUUCUAGGACUAGCAGAGGUUUCGAAUCCGACGGUCCAGGAUGCCAGCUUCAAACCACUUCCGCUGACCCAAGUAGAACGCCAAAUGAGAACUAUCUGGGCAUAUGUCCUCGGUAUUGAAGAAGACUCAAUAAAGGCUGGGGACGGGUUCCUAAGUCUAGGCGGCGACGCCGUCCUAGCCCACGACUUGAUAGUCGAAUGCAAGCAGAGAGGCAUUAGCAUUUCCAUCAUUGAUGUCCUUCGAGACGUUCCUCUCGCUGAACUUUGUAAGGGAGUUGUCAUGGCGGAGGUGUUCCCCACAGCAGUCCAAGAUGCUAGAUCCGUCCAGCCAAGCCGGCCGGAUAGUUUCGUCGAUGAAGCGAUUGUGCCUCGGCUUGGGUCCGAUAGAAGCGUUAUUGAAGACGUGGCGGAGACAUCUUACAUUCAGACAAUGUUCGUUGAGUCUGGAAUGCUACAGAGCCGUGGUAAUGUCGAUUACUUAACAAUCAACAUUACCGGAUCAUUGGAUUGGCGUAAACUCGAAACCGCGUGCUUCAUACUGACUAAAGCCCACCCAAUACUUCGAACCGCAUUCGUAAGCCAUGGCCGCCAACUCUAUCAGACAGUCCUCCGAUCAUAUCGCCCAGAUUUCAUGAGGUUUCAAUGUCAGAGUUGGAGGCUCGGCAACCUGGCCGCGAAGAUCAUUAAGAGGGAGCAGUUAAAGCCGGCCGAUUUCCGUAGACCUAUCACCAAGUUUUCCUACCUCGAUGCCGGAAAGAGCUCUAUGCUGCUAAUCCGCCUCUCCAGAGCCCAGUAUGACGAUUAUUCCUUGCCUGUACUUACCCAGGACCUCAGUCGGUUUUAUGGCCUCAGUUGCGGCGAUCAGGUCGUUCCACGCCCUGGUUUUUGCGAGGUAGUUAGAGCUUCUCAGUUUACGUAUCCAAACCAUGCGAGCGAAUAUUGGAGUGCUCUCCUCUCGGGAGCGACAAUGACGCAAAUUGUGUCUCAACCCUCACCUGCAAGCAUCAGCUCCAAUUCUAUCACCAUCCGUCAGCAAAUUUCCGUGGGAUCACUGCAGAAUCUAGGUAUACCAUUCGAGACAAUCCUCAAGGGUGCGUGGUCUAUUGUUCUUUCAAAUUUGUCUGGAACGGAUGACGUGGUGUUCGGGCAGCUUAUCGAAGGCAAAAACUUAAGCCUUCCAACUGGCCUUCCUGAUAUAUCAGACGUCGUCGGUCCCAUAGGUAACAUCAUGCCGGUGCGAACACGACUUCCAGAUACCCCCACCACACCGUAUGAAUACUUUCGGUAUAUACAAAGCCAGCAUGUCGCCAGCGUGCCUUAUGAAAACAUGCAGGCUUCCGACAUUGUACAGAAAUGUACGCCUUGGCCAUCCUGGUCUCGAUUCAGCACUGUUGUUUGCCAUAGAAGCCAAAUUGAAGAUUAUAAAUCGACUAAUUUCAUUAUCGGCACCGCUUGCUGCAAGUUAGGCUGCGUGGAAUCGAAUCAUCAAGAGUCGGAUAUCUUUAUUAGAUCUACCGCGUUGGGAGCCUCCAAUGUUGAUAUAUCCCUCAUGUUCUGCGAGAAGAGGUUGCCUCUAUACUUCGCAGAUGAUGUGCUGAAGAUGCUUUGCUCCAUCAUCACCCUUCUGACCUCGUCAUUCGUCAUGGAGCCGAUAGUUUUGAAAGGUCUUGGUGACAAUUAUUCUACAUCCAGGAUUCCGCUCCCAACACCGAAGCGUGAACUCGGCGUGCUAUCAACGAUAGAAUCGGUCGAUCCGGAUCUGGCUCGAGGUGUCCAUACCAUAAUUUCCGCCGCAUGGGAUACAGUUUUAGAGGCUCAUUCGCUCAAGGUGCCCGAUAUUCGUUCAGUACCAUUCUAUGAAAUCUGGGGCGCACUCAUACCCGCAGCUGAGCUUGCUAGGUACUAUACCGAGAACAUACACUCUGUCUUAGGCAUUGAGGGCACGAAUUUCACGAUGGAGGAAAUCAUUGACCACCCAACUAUGAUGCAGCAAUACGAAUUGAUCAUCGCCAAAAAGCACGCGCCCCAAAUUGGACGUAGCAGGAGUCCUAUGCUAAUAGGCAGACAGUCGGCCUGGGGCAAAGGCAUACGCAGACUUGGCGGAAUACCUAACUCGACAAACGCAACUUCCGGUAGGUAUCCUAUAGGGAACCACCAUAAACAUAAGGGCAGUGGUGGCAGCGCAUCUUUAGCAUCUAUGACGAUGGGUAGUAGUCAAAGCGACGAGGAACUCGGAGAAGAUAUCCCGCUAGGUUCUAGCGCUCCGUGGACGAAGAAGCCGGCUAUAAAGACGUACGAUACGAAAGCUACGAAAAAGGGGGCCUCCCUCCUUGGGAAAAUGAUGAUACCCGCCAUAUCCGGCUAGAUCUCCUUUUCUCUCCAAGAUCAUAUGGAAUAUUCCCUACUUGUUGCAUUAUAUAUUAUAGACACGCUUGUUAGCAUUUGCAUGGAUGGUGUUUUGGGAAUCAAAAGAGCACGGGGGCAAUGGCAAGUUUCUUGUAUGGGUACCUGGGCAUUUAGCAUUACCUACCUACUCUUAUGCGCUAUUAUAUUGAUUCCGCAGUAUACAAUAAGCUACGGACGGGCUAUUGCAUGUAGAGAUAUCACGCUAGAUCAGCACGACCUUUUUCUCCUUUAGCACUUUUAUAAAACCUAAGUACAUGUAGUUAUCGUCGACUUAAUAGUUACCUCCACCUAUUCA